AUGGGACACGUCCUCUCAUUCACACAUUGCAGUAAGUGUCACCUGCUGUUACAUUAUGCCAUGGGGGUCAUUGUUUUAUCAUAUGUUGUUUUUCUUACGCUGUUUGUAUGCAUGUGUGAGUGUGGCAUUGCCACCCCAAGAGACCCAUGCAUGUGUUCCCAAACAUCCCUUUUGUGUGCGACUAGGUCACAGUUACUGUGUCAUUAAACCAACAUGUGCAUCGUGUGUGUGUGUGUCUAUAUAUAGGUGUGUCUGCACUCUGCAUGUCUGUGUCUGUCACUGAUGGAUGUAUGGAAGAAGCGUGUUUGUGUGAAAAUAUGCAUCACAUAUAAUCACUGUAUAUAUUUGUCAUUUUCGGUAUAUAUGUAUAUAUUGCAAAUAAAACAUUACAUUCAAUUUGUAUAUAUGCUAAUCUAAGAUAAUCAUUUGCCACCUUAUAUAUGAUCACUUAUAGGAAAUGUAUGUUGCUGGGUUGCCUUGUAAUAAUUGUAACCGUGAAGGAUGUGUCUUUUAUACGGGCUGCUAAUUAAAGGGACAAUGUGGAACCAUAGCUAAUGUGUGUUUAUCAGCUGUAUCAUUGCAUACUGUGGAUGUAUAUUUCCCUUUGAAUAUAUGUAUCAGCACACUCAUGGCACGAGUGAUUACUCUGCAUUGGUACAGAUAGUAUUUCUUUUACUGUCUUUAUACUUAUACGAUUUAUUUGCUAAACUGUGAAUGUCAGUGAAUUGAAAAGAGAACAGCAAGAUUAAAUUACAAUAGCUUAGCUAUUAAUUUUCCUAGAUCAGCUAUUUUGACCUACAUUUUGAAAUUCUAUUGUUAUCUAAUUGCAAUUAUUUCCAUACCUAUAUUUAAUAGGUGUUAAUUCUGUAUAUUCUGUAUAUUCUUUUCUAUAACACGGACUAUGGGUGUUUAAUGUUAGUUAUAUUAUUUUUUGUCUGUGUGUACCUGACACAUUUCACUCAUAUGUGUUAGUCCUGUUUUGCUAUGUAAACAAAUAGGUGCCUUGUCUGUGUGUCUUGAUGAACAGAUGUGUUAAUUUGAAUACACUGAUUGUUACUGUGUAUAUAGCACUGUGUAUAGUAACAUAGUAACAUGAAUCACAGGUGGGUCGGGAUUCCCAGAUUACAGGUGGUCUAUUUAUAAAACAUUAACAUAAUUUGCAGUACAAUGCAUACCCCCAAAAGGUGAUGAUGAUGUGAGGAGGCUAAUGUCAGCCCCUUGUAUCCUGACAACCAGGGCUGUUAUAUAUGUAACACUGUUGGAUGGGCAGAAAUUCCUAGAACUGGCCCAGCACAGCCACCAUAUUUUAAUAAUACUUUUGUGAUACUCUUUAUAGGGACGUCUCAUCUGUGGAUUGGGUAUUUCUAUGUAUUGAGUACAUUUCAUUGGAUAUAUUAUAUAUAAACUGUGUUGUUAAAUAGCAUCUUUUGUUCUAUACAUGCAUCAAUACAGAAUGUAUUAAAUUUUUUUGUUUCUCCCACAGAGGAUGCCCCAUCAACAGCAUCGAGCACCCCAGACUCGUGCCCGCCAGAUGGUAAAAACCUUCUUGAAUUUCACAUAUACAAGUACUUUGCUCACGCACACUAUGAAUGGCACCUUCAUGUGCAGUAGUGCAGGGAUGGGUGGGAAUGGGAUAAUACUUAUGACAAUUCCAGGGCAAUGUUGAUCAAUGAGUUUAUUUUCAAAUUAUGGUGGACUGAAAUUCCCAUCAUCCCUAGUCAGCUUAACAUCCACCGGAUGACCCUCCCUGCUCUAGAUUAGAGUGGGGUCUGCAUUUUCAUAAUCAGAAUAUCGUCUAACUUCUACUGCUUAUCUCCGAAAAGAAUUAUGGGUCAUUUGAGUUGGUGUUGUUCUUCGGGGUCAAAUAGAUUAGAAAAGAUACAGGGUUAACAGGAAGUGCAUUUUUAAAAUUAGUUUACAUUGCUAUAAAUAUCUAUACGGGGAAUUUAAUUUGUAACUAUAUAAUUUUUUGUACACAGUAUCACCAGUGGAAUCCAUGUUUUGUUUCUUAAUUACUCUUCAAAAGUAUCUGGGAUUGUAUAAGGCCUGUGUAUCGUGCACAUAUUUGCAGUUUAUUUAAUUUCUGGUUUUUGGUGUGACUGAGUGUGUAACAGAGAUUCAUACCAAUAAAACUCACAUUAAUGUUUUUUUUUAAACCCCUCGUGAUAGACAAAGUGCCAGGACCACAUUUUCCUAAAAGGGUUAAACUACAAUGGGUCUGUGUAAAUAAGAUACUUUGAUCUUAGUCUUUAUUACAUUUUCAAUUACAUAAACGAAUAUGUAGGUCACAAACUCAGCUAAAAUGUCUUAGAAUAGCCCCUCCCCUGGCCCACCGCCACCUGUAAACACUACAAUGAAAGUGUCCAUUUUUGACUAUUUGCAAUGUUGGGAGGUGCCGCGGUUUACUAAAGAUCAUGGUUGGUGGCAUAGGACAUAUCUACAUUAACUGGGUAUAUUCUUAUAGAAAAUGUAUUGUGCAUUUAUUUUCUAGGGGCCCAUUGUUAAGGGUACUUUUUUUUUUUUUAAUUCUUUAUUUUUCAAGAUGCUUCGUUUUAACAACAUUUCAAUAGAUAAUCGGUAUAUUUCGUAUGAUUGGAUACAAGAAUACUGGAAAAGCAUGGUUCAAUUACAUGUACAAUAUUGAGUUUAGUAUUACUUUGAGAAACAGCAUCCAAUUUUUUAUUUUUAGUACAUGCUUAGACUCUGUUCAGGGACUGCUAGGUAGAGUUCUCUCACUAAUGAGUUUCUGUUUAUGUUUGCUCUAAGUGCGGUCCCUGUGUGCAUUGUUUAUGACCUAUGCCCUGAGGUGGUGUGUGUUUAGGUUCGGAUGUGCGGAUUACAGGCAUUUUGUCAUAUAGAAAAUAUAAAAUAGAACAUAUAAUGUGUCAUGCAGGUUACAAGUUGUAAAGGUAGUAGCUGAUCGUGAGAACCGUGAGCAUGUGCACUCUUGAUAGUGUAGUGUUGCGGUAAAAGGAUAUGCCACCACGCUGUGGGCCCCUGACCCAAGGGGGCUGUGGAGGGGGUGGAAGGGUGCGUUGGAAAAGUACGCCAUUUGGUGUUAGUGUAUAUGCUUGUCAGCCUAAUCUACCCCUGCCUGUGCCGAGCUCAGGCCCGUGUGGGCGCUGUGUGGUAUAGCUACCUUUGGUUGAAAGGGUACAAUACACUCUAAACAAGUAAAUCUACUAUGAACACAAACUGAAAUAAAGUUGGGUUGAAAAGGUGGUCCUCGGGGGAUUGCACCCUGCAGUCACGGUGUUUCUGGCCGUGGGUUCCUCUCUCUCGGGGCGAAUGGUGGAAUGGAAGCGGGGUCCCAUGAGGUCGCCUGGUGUUCGGGAGUUGAAGGUGCAGUCGUGUGCUCAAUACCCAGGGUGCUCAAAAAAGUGUGCGCAGCUCCCAGAUUCGGUAGCGUAUGUGUAGUCCCGUUUUGAGUCACUACUAAGGAGCCGUUCGCUCCCCAGCGGUAAGCCAGUCCUGCGUUUCUCAGCUGGGUCCUGACAGGCUUAUAACUUUUGUGGAUCUGGAGAGUGGCCCUUGUGAGAUCCUGGAAGAAAGCGAGGUUUGAGUUCUCGAAUGUGAGUGGUGUCUUGUCUUUUAUUGCCGCCAUGAUUUGAAGCUUGUCAGGUAGCGUGGCGCAUCUUAGAAUGACGUCUCGUGCCAAUGUUGUUGUGCGGUGAGUAGGGCUUGGAAGACGGAAUACACUGUCUAUGUUUAUUUGUUUGGCCACAGUGUGAGACAUGACUGUUGUCAGCAGUCUUCUAAUGUAGUGUGGCAGUUCUGUCGCUGUGACCGCUGAGGGGAUGCCUCUGAUCUUGAUGUGUGUACGCCUCUGGCAGUCUUCCAGGGUGGCAAGUCUCAGUGACAAGGUCUGGAUUUGGGCUUGAUGCUCUUGUAUGGAGGUAUCCACGGAGGUUAGGUGGGUUUGUACUGUCUGUAUUUCCUCCUCUGAGGUGCGAACUGUCGCAGUGACUGCCUGUACCUCCUUUUGAGUAGUGCGGAGUCUGCCGCCAGUAACUUGUGAAUUUCUGCCAGAAGAAGUUUUAAAUCCCUCUUUGUGGUGGGUGCUGAGUCAUCUGGCUGUUCAUGCUGCUCAGCUUGAGGGGUGUGCGGAGAUUGUGAGUUCCCAGGUCUAUCAUGGUCUGCCGCUGUGCCCAUGUCCCUAACUUGCACAUCUUCCGCGGGAGUGGGCCUGAGUUGGGCGGGCCUCUGUAGCAUGGUCCCUAUAUCCCGACCUUCUGCCUGAUUUUGGGGCUUUUGAGAGCACCUACCUUUGCCUGACAUUGGUGUUGGUGAGGCUGGUGGUUCCUGGGAUUGCGGGAUGUCUGCUCCGCUCGCGGUAAGGCUUCCCAGGAUUCCUUCCAGGCUGUGGAGUGCUCGGUAGGCCUCAGGCCUGUGCUUCCUCCUCGUUGUUUUUGAUGCCUGGAAAAAAGGCAUCAGUCGGUUCCUCUUGCCCUACUGGGUCCGGUUCGGUGAGUGUUGUGGCUGGAUUGUGCUUAGUAUUGCCGAUAUCGGCAGGAUUAGGGUUGUAGGCCUAGGAGCUUUUGGAAAUGGCGUCUGAUCGGGUCCGUGGUUAGGCUCCGCCCCCGUUAAGGGUACUUUUAAAGUGAACCUGUAGUGCAAAUUUUUGCUUACCUGAAAUCGCUCCUAUAAACAUUGAAUACAUCAUAUAUCACAGAGAUAGAUGAUGCAUUCAGUGUACACCAUGCAUGUCAAACUCAAAGUCUAGCACGGGCCACAUAAACAAGGUUUAAGUUUACGAGAGCCGCAAAAAAACAAACAAAACGUAAAUUUUCAUAGAUACGUAGGUUUAUUUUGAAAAGUACAGUAUAAAAAGAAAAACAGCACCCUCUACUAAACCACAGCACCCACCCACACACACACACAGACACACUCACUAACACACACACAUUUACACAUGCUUGCACACACAUCCCUACUUUUGGAGCGGAUGUGGGGCCUCUCCCUUUUCCUCUGUUACAGUGUUGCUUUGUGCAUGUUACUCUUUGUGUAACACCCAACUCCGGGCCAUCGUCUGCUCCACCUGUUUGAUUUGCCCUGCUCUGGAAGAAGUGACGCUGGCACACUGUUUAGUCACUCCAUUCCUAUACUUCCCGUGGGAGCUCUUACUGCCCUCCCUGACAGCUGGGAGAAAAAAAAACUAUUUUUAAAAAGGUUUUUCUCCUAAUCUGUACAUUUUCUAGUGAAACUGCUAGCACAAUGUAUAGAUAUAAUUUAAUCUAAUGAUGAUAAAUUGUUUAGGGCAUGACAGGUGCCCUUUAAGAACUGUUGUACUGCUACAUAUAGUAUUGAGGCAGAGUUUCACCUCUAUUAUUUUUGUAUACCUAAAUCAUGGGUCGUCAACCUGGUCCCUACCGUCCACUAGUGGGCGUUUCAGGAUUCCAGGUGGGCGGUAGGGACUUCAGCAGCUUUUGAACUCUGCCGCCCGCUGAAGUGAAGCCCCACUGGACCCCAGGGACAGAUCAAAACCAGCUCUCCAGGUAGGAAGGCUGGGUGAACAUUUAAUAAUAAUUUGUGUGUAUGUGUGUGUGUGUCUGUAAGUGUAAGUGUAUGUGUGUCUGUAAGUAUAUGUGUGUAUGUGUGUGUCUGUAAGUAUAUGUGUGUGUGUCUGUAAGUAUAUGUGUGUGUCUGUAAGUUUAUGUGUGUGUGUGUGUGUCUGUAAGUGUAUGUGUAUCUGUCUGUAAGUGUAUGUGUGAGUGUCUGUAAGUGUCUGUGUGAAUGUUUUCUCUGUGAGUGUGUGUGUGUCUGUAAGUGUAUGUGUGAGUGUCUGUAAGUGUCUGUGUGAAUGUUUUCUCUGUGAGUGAGUGUGUGUCUGUAAGUGUAUGUGUGUGUGUUUUUCUGUAAGUGUAUGUGUGUGUGUGUGUGUGUGUGUUUGUCUGUGAGCAGAGUACUUGUAGAAUAAAAGAAAGAGCAGAGUAUUUGUAAAAAGGAGAAAGAAGGCGCAGAGUACUUGUAGAAUAGGAGAAAGAAGGAGUAGAGUACUUGUAAAAAAGGAGAAAGAAUGAAAAUAAAGAGGAAAAGGAGAGAAUUGUUGUUGGCUAAUAAUAGUAAGUGGGCUACCUAGCUCAGCCUUCCUACUGGGCAUUGCUAUAAGGAAGGUUAAAAAAUAGAAAAAAGGAAGAAAAAAAAGGGUGGGGAGGGGAAUUGAGGAGGGAGAGGAGGGGAGCUGAUGCACAGAUGAGAAAUCAUUUUAUGAGCAAACCAAGAAAUCGUCUGAAUAUCACCGAAAAAAGAGACCUUAGUUUUUUCCUUACAAUAAAAUAUUUAGUCUCGCAGCAUCAACCUCAAGGAUCUCAUUAAUCACUAGUAAAGGUAAUUUCAAUUUACUUUAUUGUUUCCUCAUUAAACUUUAUAAACAUGCAUUAUGUAGAAAUAAAAAGAUAAAUGUACGUACAUUUAUUUUUUUUUAAACACCCUCCUUUCGAAAAAAUAUUCUGCACUUGCGCGAAAACUGGUGGGCGAUAAGGACAUUUUUUAAAUAAAAAAAGAUGCAUGGGGGCGGAGUCUGACCGCCGAACGGAGCAGAAGCAGGGGACACGAGCUCCUGCUCGACGGGCAGGAAAAGCGGCACAAACUAGGGCUAAAUAGCCCAAAGACCUGCCAGGGUGCAUCACCCACGUCGGGGGUGCACCCCUGAACCAAACGAUAAUUUUUUUUUUUUGAGCCCGUAGGAGCUAUAAAAGCGGGACACCAAGCGCGGCCUACAGAAGCCGGAGCCGGGGAGAGGCGGCCGCUCUCUCCGACACCGGACCCCCUAAGCAACCAAGCAGGUCUCCAACCCCCCCCCUUUGGACCGGUGGGGGAUAUCCCGGUCCCCACUGGACAGACAGACCAGGCAGGCUGAUCAGCCCCUUGGCUACAUCGCCGGCAGGAACGCUGGACCACCGAGGUACACACAACAUGGCCGCCAAGCAGAAGCCAAGAUUGGCGGGCACACACGCCACACCACCAGCUUGCUGCAUGGAGGGCUUUGACAGGCUCUGCAAGGGCCUCUGGACACUACUUCGCCACCGCGGAGUGUCCUGCAACCAAGCAGCCAGAACGAUCGCCUUAUGGAUCCGCCCUGUGACCCGCAGACGCCAUUACAGAUACCCACUCCAAGCCAACAGGCCAUCUAAACGGCCACGAAGGCGCCAAAAACCGUCAUGGCGGACCAUAGUACCAGGCUGCCGGAACCCACACACUCGCACCCAUGCACACAGCAGCUGGAUCAACGAGCCAUCCCUGCAGCCACACCACCUACUCACAACUCUACGCCCGGAGAAGAUGGCUGAGCACCACGUGGCUGUACAGAAGGACGCCUCACACAGAAACACCACAGAUGGAACUAAACCAGGGGGCCCCACUGAGCAGCGAGCUUUAUAUGGACAUAGCAAGUAUCUGCCACCGAUGCCCGUAACAGGCAUAGGCUGAGGGACUCCUGGCCUGCAUAACUAAGCCCCCAGGUUGGGCCCAAAGCAGUAGUACAUACACCCCCCCUCACUACGACCACAUGCUAAAUAGUAUGCGUUGGCACCCUGUGCCUUUAUAAAUCCCACUUUAGCAAUAGCAGAUCACCUGCCAGGCCACCCAGUGGAACCUCAUUUCAUGUAGAUAGGGAAGCAGGGACAUGUCCUGUUUGCCUUUACAAUCUAAGCAUUAGCUGCUGACUCCACCUUGUCUACAAUGUGUUCUAGAGAUCAUAUAAAUACAAUGUGUGACUAAUCUCUAACAGUUUCAUAUCUUAUAUUUUGCAAUGUGCUACCCGUUAAGCGACUAUUACCUGCUCCUCCUAUUGUUAGCACAGAUAGAUCAAACAUGUUUCUAUGCCGUAUGCAUAUCACUUCUGUUUUAUAAUAUAUAAAAAUGUGCAGACAUAUUACUUGCCAUGUUUGAAAAUGUAUGAUUUUGCGUGUAACUGCUGUUGUGGCAACACACGCUCGUUGUUAAAACAUGCACAACAAAAAUAAAAAAAAAAAAAAAAAGAUGCAUUAGUGGGCGGUAGGUAGAAAAAGGUUGACUACCACUGACCUAAAUCCUCUACAGAAAUAAUUAUUGAAUCAUUUUAAAUGUUAUACAUUUUCAUAUUUUUGCUGGGUUAUAUUAAUUCUGGAUUGAACUCAUGUGACACAAGCAGUAAAAAGAGAAAGAAUUAAUUACUUUUGUUGUCAUAGCAGCAAAAAAAACUUCUCAGUUGUUCAUGUCAUUUGCUGUGUAUUUCCAAUAAAGGGACCUCAAUAUGUUGGCAAAAUAGCUGAAUUUGUUACACUCUGGCAUUAUGGCUUACACGUUACAUUACCUCUAUUAAAGGGAAGGCAUAGUGCUAGGGAAUACUAUAGUACCCUCAGUUUACCCCCCUCCAUUGCAGCCCACCCCAGCACUGAAAGGGUUACAAAUCGUUUAGUCACUUACCUGAUUUCAGAGUCGAUGUCCCUCAACGCUGAGUCAAGCUCCACAACCGCUCGGGGGGCCCUAAUGUGCAUACACGGCGAUUGCUGCAAUCGCAUUAGGACUUCCCCAUAGGAAAACAUUGAAUCAAUGCUUUCCUAUGGAGUUUUUGCUGACGCUGGAUGUCCCCAUGCAAAGCAUGAGGACGUCCAGGUUCAUUUACAGGACCAAAAGUUUGCUAAAGACCCGGAAGCAACUCUAGAGGUGGGUGAAAGGGGGUGGGUGCCGGGGGAGAUGGGGGCUGAGGUAGGUGAAGGGGAGAUGAGUGCUGAGAUGGGUGGAGGGGAGCAUGGGGCUAAGAACCAUGCCCCCUCCACUUACCUCAGCCCCCAUUUACCCAGCACCCAUCUUAGCAUCCAUCUCCCCUUCACCCACCUCAGCCCCCAGCACCCACCUCAGCCCCAUGACCCCUCCACCCACCUCAGUUCCCAUCUCCCCCAGCUCCCUUCUGAGCCCCAUGCUCCCCUCCACCCACCUCAGCACCCUUCUCUCCCUUCACUUACCUCAGUCCCUAUCUGUAAUGAAAUGAAGGGGUGCUGCCCUGGAACAGCACUGUCACUUUAAAUGUGGGAACCAAUACAGCAAAGAAAUAAAUGCCAAGACACAAAUGAAUAGGGUAAAUCAAGAUAUAUAUAUAUCUCCAAAAAGAAAGCCAGCACUCAAGGACUUCAGCAUGAAAAAAUAGGCAUUUAAUCCAAGUGGUCAAAGUUUCGGUUCACAACUGUGAACUUUCCUCAGGGAAACACAAACAACAGCCCCAGUAUCCCCCAGACGCCUACUACAGCAUACAACAGCCCCUACCACACACUGCAACACAACUAGCCAUCUACACCCACAUACUACCCUGCAAACAGCCUCAUACACACACACGCAAACCCACCAGGAGACUCACUGUAUGCACACAGUCCAACAAGCAGCAUCCCCACAUAUGGAAAACCACAUGCAGCCUCCCUACGGACACUUACCACAAGCAGCAUCCCCACCAUUGCAAUACUGCACACAGCAUCCUUACACACACACACACACAAUUAUUACAACCAUUUAUAUAGCACCAACAUAUUCUACAGCGCAGUACAAUAGGUAAGUAGACAAACAAUUCUAACACAACACGUUGACAUACAGGAACACAACAACACAAGCAGCAUCCCACACACUGAACCUCACAAGUAGCCUACAAUCACAUGUUUGGAGGCUACUUACAUGGACUGGUAUGAUUGAAAACAAAUGUGGGGGACGUGAUGUCACCAGCAAACAGAGAAAGCGUGUAAUUACAUUGACUUUAUUUCUUUAUUUUAGUGGGGAUGGGGGGGGUCGAGGCAUGCCAGUCAGGGUUACUCCAUUCAAAAACAAGUGUUUUAUUAAAACACUGUUUUUGGUUGGAUUAACUUCCUUAAAGCAAAACCCUGUUUGGAGGCCGUGGUUCUCACACAGCCAUUAUGCGUGCUUGGCAGCAUUCAUAUAAUAUCUGUGUGAGAGCCACACAUAGAAGGGGGAGAAAAGUAGCAGUAGCCAAUAAGCUUUGCACCAGAAGGGGACCCAUGGUCUCCCAUUGCCCGAGGGCCCUGUGAGUUGUCAGUCCGCCCCUGAUUAGCAGAGAGUCUCUCGUUGCAAUCAAUGAGUGCAGGCAUUGUUUUGAGGGGUAAUUGGUAGUGUCUCUCACUGUGGGAAAGUCCCUACUUUGCAGGAAGCAGUGAGUGAAUCUUUGGUGGUCGGGUAUUAUGUUGGGUAACCUGCCCACUCCCAUGUGACAUCGAUAGACAUAAGGGUGAUUAAGAUCAACGAUACACACAACAGAAUUUUCACCAGAGCAAACAGUUGAAACCCACUGCUCUAGGUGGCAACACACAUACCUUUUUAAAUAUUGAAUUAGUUUAGUACAUACAAUUCUUCUAAUACUCCAUUAUGUACAAUAAUUUAUGUUUGUUUUUUCAGUUGAACUUGAUGACGAACCCACGGUGACCCAGGCUGACCUCUGGCCCGCACCUUCACCCAAUGAGCAAACAUUUUCUUACAUCACUAUCGGAAGCACUGUCCCUUUGCCCCGUCCCCAAACCAGAGCACGAAGGGGACGGGGUUCAAGUCUGAGCAAGGAACAAACCCCCAGAACAGAAACACCAGAAGAGGAGGUGGUGUCCUUUGUCUUGUUAGAGAAACUUUGUCAACUUCCCCAACUCCCUCAAGCUCCACCCCCGAGGAUCCAAGAGGAGGUAGAGUUUGUGGCGAAGCCUCACCUCCCAGAUAUAGACUGGACGAUAGGUAAGAUAAAAAUAAAGACUGGACUGCAAUCAUGUAUUUGUUUUUAUUGCUAUAAAUGCAUGUAAUAACAAUAGUAUAUUGCUAUAACAAUUUUUGUCUGCCAGCACGCAUGCUCCACUCAUUUACUCCUCCAUCAUUAGCACUCCACUCGGGCAUCUUAAUUCAUCAUUUAAAAUUGCUCCAUUGCAGCACUGUUACACUGUAUCAGAGAACAUUCACACGUUUAGCUGUAGAUUUGUGUAUGUGGUUAUUGAAUGACUCUCUCUUCUAAUAAUGAUGCUGAAAAACCUGCACCAUAUAAAGUGGCCCAUUGAGAUAUUAUAACUUUGAAUUUUCACUUUAUUGAAUAACCCUGUUUAUUUUCUAUGAUGUUCAGCCGGUCAAAUUGCUAGAGACUGGGCUCCAUGGGUAAUACACUCACAGCAGCUGCUCGGGUGGGAUAUAUUAGGCAGCAGGUGAGUCAGUUCUUGAAUGUCAUGUGUUGGAAGCAGGAAAAUUGGGCAAAAGAAAAGAUCCGAGUGACUUUGACAAGGGCCAAAUAGUGAUAGACGACUGGGACAGAGCCUCUCCAAAAUGGCAAGUCUUGUGGGGUGUUCCAGGUUUACAGUGGCUAGUACCUACCAAAAGUGGUGCAACGCCUGCAUCAUGGGUGCCCAAUGCUCGUUGUUACACAUGGAGAGUGAAGGAUAGCCCGUGUAGUCUGAUGACACGACAGAGCAAUUGUAGCUUAAAUUGCUGAGAAUCUUAAUGCUGGCCAUGAUAGAAAGGUGUCAGAACACACAGUACAUCGCCGGAAAGGCCUUCAACAAGGACGUGAGCAUGAGAUCCAUGAAGCAAUGGAAGGUUGCCUGGACUGAUGAAUCACAUUUUCUUUUAGAUAAGGUGGCUGGCCAGAUGAGUGUGUGUCGUUUAACCAGGGAAGAGAUGGCAGCAAGACGCACUAUGGGGAAAAAGGCAGGCCAUAAGAGGAAGUGUUAUGCUAUGGACAAUGUCCUGCUGGGAAAGCUUGGGUCCAUGCAUUCAUGUGAAUGUUACUUUCACAUGUAUCACCUACCUAGCAAUUGUUGCAGGCCACGUACAUUCCUUCAUGACAAUGGCAUCCCUGAUAGCAGUGGCCUCUUCCAGCAGUAUAAUGCACCCUGCCACCCCUUAAAACUUGUUUAGGUAUGGUUUGAUGGACAUGACAAAGAAUUCAAGGUGUAGCCUUGGCUUCCACAUUCCCCCGAUCUCAAUCCAAUCGAGCAACUGUGGUAGUGCUGGAACCAUAAAUCCAAUCCAUGGAGGUCCCACUUCCCAACUUGCUGAGCUUAAAGAAUUUGCUGCUAAUGUCUUGGUGCCAGAUACCACAGGACAAAUUCAGAGGUCUUGUGGAGUUCAUGCCUCAACGCAUCAGAGCUGUUUUGGUAGCACAAGGGGGGGUCUACACAAUAUUAGGCAGGUGGUUUUAAUGUUGUAAAAGAAAUAGGGGAGGAGAAGUCUGCACUUAAAAGCAAGAGAUAAAAGCUGCAACCCUAAAAAGGGGAUCCCUCAAGAACCCUAAUAUAGUGUAAGAGAAAAAGAAAAGGGGGUAAAGGGCUGCACUAAAAAGAGUAAAAUAUAUAUGUAUAAAAUAAGUAGAAAAUGCAAUAAAAGAUAAACUUCAGAAGUUAUAAUAAAAAAAUAUAAACAGUACAAUAAGAAAGUUAAACAGAGUCUAUGCACUAUCAAGAAUUAGGCUUAAAAAGUCCAAUAGCAUGCAUAAACGACGUCUCACUGGUAUGUGGAUAAGCUGUAUAUGUACAGUCCUCAGAGGUUAAUCCUUCCAAGUUUUCAGGGAGUCCAUAUAUGAAAGAUAAAAACACAAACAGACUUCCAAUGGUGUAGUAUGUACUGAGAGAAUUAACGAAAUGAGAUAAAUUGGAGGAAAAUGCACUCACAUUUGUUGGAGCUAUAGUUUUAAUGUUGUGGCUGAUCAGUGUGCAUAGUGCAUGGAAAGGGAUGUGCCUUUAAUGAAGCAGGUAAAAUGGUUGACAAUCCCUGGUAUUUACGUACUGAAUAUACAAACAUUCAGUAAAUUAACAGAGCAACAGGAAUGAGCACAGAGCUAGUCUUCCCUGUGGAACUUGAUUGUUUUCAUGUGAAUGGAAUGUGAUAUUUGUACAAUACAGUCAAUACAUUCCUCAGCAUUUAUAAGAUUAGAGCUCCUAUAUGUCCUAUAUGACCCCAGCAUCUCAAACCCAGGGCAAACAAUGCAAAUGAGGAGGACAGAUAGAAACAUUGUUUAAUUUAUUCUCUUCUAGUUCUGCUUUCUCUGUGCUGACUGCCAGGUGUAAUAAUGACGUACAGGCAGCUAAAAUGGAGGCACCCAGUGGCAGGAUAAAGAAGUGUACAUUUCUAUGUUUCAUUUAAUUUAUCACACCUAAAUAUAGGGAUAAGUAGACACGUGCUAAGAAUCCUGGUAAGUGACAGACCCCUUUAAGGGGGCUCGCUCUUUGAUAUUAUUAUAUGGCAGUUCAAGGCUCACAAUUUCUUCGUGCUACUAGCCAUUGGGGAGUCAAAAUUUAGUUCUGGCAAAUAGACAUUCACUCCUGGAUAACGGUUCCCCACCCAGUCGUCAUGGCACACUGACAGUCCAGGAUUUAGGUACAUUCCAAUUCCAGUCCAUUGGGAAUUCUAACCAAUUCUGGAUAACUGGUCCAUCCAGAGGACUAUGAUGGAAACAACUGAGCUAUUGGUGAGAAAGACGAAAUCAUGAAUUCACAUGAUUGAACUAGAUCCCACUGUAGAUCACCCAUAGCUAAACUACACCACAAGCAUAGGCGUGCGCACGGGGUGUGCCGGGUGUGCCUGGGCACACCCUAAUCCCUGCAGCAUGCCUAUGUUUUGAGACCGGCAGGGGAGAUCUCAGGAUGUCCCCUGUCGGCUCAUGCAGAGCCGGCGCUAUCCGAGCGCCGGCUCUGCUCUAUGCCUCCAAGAGCUGGUGGUGAGAUCAAAUAUCUCCCUCACCAGCCCACAGCAGCAUGGAGGGAGGCAGGAGAGAACCCAAAGAGCUCUAGCCAGUUCUGCCGGGUUCCUCUCGCGAGAUCUGAGAGUUGCCGCAGCAACGCUCAGAUCUCGCAAGAGUGAACUCUAGCCUUGCAGGCUAGAGUUCACUCUCCAAUGGACCACCAGGGAUGGCAACAGCAACAAGGAUCCUCCCUCCCUACAUAAGGUAACAAGGGAGGAGGAAUAUUAACUGAUCUGCCCCUACCCCCACUCCCACAAUCACCCAAACAUACAGCGCACCCACACACAUAGCACCCACACUCACACAGCAUCCACAUUCACACAGCACCCACACACAUACAGCACCCACACAAACAACACCUACACACAUACAGCACACAAACAGCACCCACACAGCACACUAACAGCACCCUCACACACACAGCUCCCACACACAUGACACUAACAGGACCCUAACAAACACACACACACACACACACAGCAUACUACCAGCACCAUCACACACGGCACACAAACAGCACCCUCACACACAAACAGUACCCUCACAAACACCCUCACCCACAUAUCACACUAACAGCACCCUCACACACAGCACCCUUACACACACACAGCACCCUUACACACACAGCAGUGUAUGUAUGUGUGUGUGUAUAUAUGUAUAUAUAUAUAUAUAUAUAUAUAUACAUACUGUAACGAGACGUUUUGCACCCAAGAGGUUAAAAACCGUUUAGAAGAUAUUCCCCUUUCAGAUGCACAGGCAGCUACUGCAAUCACCAAUCUCCCGAACUGCAAACACACAAAUUCUCCAACUCCCGAACUGGAACCAUACGAAUCCUCCAACUCCCGAACAGGAAACACACGAAUGCUGUUAAACAGCCAAACAGGAAAAACCAUACGAACAGCUUACACUCCUGGCAGUCACACUGUAACAGCAUACAAUCCAAUUCCCCCCAAGAACGAGAUGACACUUCGUUUGAGGGUCAAGCAGAACUGAUUUACUGGGGCUACCUGCCCGGCUUUUAUGCAUGUCUUCCACCUGGUGGACACUCCCCUAGGGGACACGCCCCUGCAUGGAAGACUGGGAUACAAAGGGUAAACGGACCAAUCACAAGCUUACACAUUUAAACAAUCCCACAAUGCAUCACAACCCCUCCUCUCUGUCCUGGAGAUAAUUGGGAAGUAAUCCAAUUAUCUCUAAGGACAGAGGCAAAACUCCAUUACACACGUUUUUAGUAAAAAGACAUAAAAAUACAUACUGUUACCAAUACUGAAUAAAACAUAUACAUUCUACCUAUCCCCAGAUAGCUCAGAUCUGAGCGCACAUUAUUACUGAAUGGUGCUCAGAUCACACACAUACAGUUCAAUCACCAUGGAGCCAAAGUCUUUCCCAUAGUCUUUUGUUACACGAAUAGGCUCCAUGGCAUAGCUAUCUGGGGUAAUGCUGUUCAUACGGUUAAACUACCAAAUGAACCGGCGUUUCGUUAAAUGACCGAAUGCAGAAGCAGGGAGGCUGGCGGCUCAGCGGUGUUCGUGCAAAUAAGUGUCCGUUUGGAGUUCCAUAGUUUUGGAGCUGAACACUGCUGGCUGUUCGAGGGUUUAAAAUGGCUGCUGCCACGUGUUCAGCAAACGAACAAAGGCCCCCCAAGCGUUCGUCAAUUAAGCUGCGGUUAACCGCAGCUUCUGGGAGGUCAAUUAAUGGCAAGCUCCAGUUUCCAGGUGGUCGAUCAUUCGGUAGUUUGUUCGGUAGAUUCAAUCUACUGACCGCCCAGGCAGAAAGGCACGAUUAAGCCUUUCUGCAGGGAAAAUAGAAGUUUUUUUUACAUGGGGCCAUAGUCCAGUGGCAGUAGGCAAGCAAACAAGCUUCUCCAACGUCCAGUGGCGGGGUUGGUUCCGCCACACAUACAUAUACGCACGGCGUGUGUUUGUGCUUUAGGGCGCACACCCUAAUGCAAUAGACUGUGCACGCCUAUGACCACAAACCUCCGAGCCCUAGCAGAAAGCCUAUGAAUUCCUAUUACGCAAGACCUCAUUAGUAGAAAUCUGUCACGGGAGAUGUCUGGAUCGAUAAUUUGUGCAUUCAUUUCUACCCAAUACAAGACUUAGCAUCCAAGAUUUCCUUGAUCGUAAUAUUAGAAGUAUUCCAUUGAUGCAGCUGUAUUUCGGUAAUGCAGUUAAAUGGCUUCCUUUCCAUUGAAUUGAAUUGAGAAUGGGUAUAAUUUUACCUAAUCAAUAAGCAUGUUGCUCUGUUUCUAUUGCUUCACCAUGCAUAUAAAGCUCAGCAGAAUACUGUAGGUUUUGUCACUGGAAUUGGUUUCUUAUACCUCACACUCUGUGAUGAAUGCAAAUUAGUUCAUUACUUCCCCAUUUCGAGGUGACACGUGACAACCUCUUCUGUAUAUCUAAACAAACCCAGCCUUGCCAAAUACGAAUUUUAAGCACAACUAUUUACCAAACCACCUCCUCUGUUUGUCUUUGGGAGGAUUUAAUAUGUGGAGUUAAACAGAACCACAGUUAGUAUUCUUUGUAUUAGGAUAAAUCAGUAUUCCAUUCUCAACCUUCUACAUUCCCCAAUCUAUUACAGUAAUCAGACUAUUUCUUGCCUCCUCUACUGCAUCCUUGUUUACUGGUCUCCUCGUUUCAGAACUGGCGACAGACCACCAGCAUACAUAAACAUUGUCACCAAGACCCCUUGUAACUGUUCUGAUUGUGGCAGUUCUGGGGUAAUUUGCUAAAAUUAGUUACCAUGGAAACCAAUAUAAUGUUCUUGCUGAGUGCCUCACUCCUAGACUGUUGGCCAAUAAUUUCUCACCAUUUAUAGCUCCUACUGUAUGCUAUGUUACAGCUUUAAUAAUGUAUAGCAAAAUAAGAAGACGUAAAGCUGUGGACGCAAAGGUGGUGUAUGGCAUAUGUGAUAUAAAAGAAUUCAUAAAUGAAACUUGUUUAGAUCAUUUAAUAGACAUUUAUUUUCACAGUACAGGAACUGACACAUGAAAUAAAGUGGCUAGUGGCAGAGAGGUGGCAUUUAAAGGUGGUCUAGUGGCAGAUAGGUGCACAGAGAGGCUAGUGGCAGAGAGGUGGCUUGUGGCAGAGAGGUGGCACAGACGGUCUAGUGGCAGAUAGGUGCACAGAGAGGCUGGUGGCAGUUAGGUGGCACAGGCAGCUUGUUUGGGGCAGGAUUUUUGGAGACACAUAUGGCUCAUUGGCAUGACACAAAUUUUAUGAAUUUGCUGCUCUUUGGCAUGAGAUACUUGGGUUUAUGCAUUUACUGUGCUUUGGCAUGAUAUACCAAGUUUAUGCAUGUAAUGUUUAUUGUCAUGAUAUAUCAAGAUUAUGCAUUUACUGCUCAUUGGCCUGAAAUACAAGGUUAAUAAAUUUAACACUUUAACAGCAUUCCCUUGCAGUGAAAUCCUUCAGAACUAUGUUUACUAAAUAAUUGCCUGGUUCGGGAGAUCGCCUUUAUUGAUUAGUGAUGUCCAAGUGUUAACUCGGCAGGGCAAUUUCUCCCCGGACUGCUCUCUAACCACUUUUCACACCUAAAUGCCAAAGUGCAUAGCCCUUUAAUUCUUUCAAUUCCGUCUAUCAACACAUCUAUUUUGUUUGUGUACUUGUGUCUCUUACUGAUGUUAAUGGGUUGGUUGGUAAAAUUGCACCUUGGACAAUCAAACUGUUUUGCCUCCCAGGUCACAAGUUGCACACCUUUAGCCCAUUUAAUGAGGCUCUCAUACUGUACUUGCUGGGGACAUCCCUGGGGGAUGGAGAAUCAAGACCUUGGGAAAUAAUGCAGAGACUGCCAGACAGAGGCCCAAACUUUUGUAAUUGGACUUAGGUGACAAGUGACUUUAGUACAAGUUUAGCUCAAUCGCAAAGCAAAAUUUAAUGUUACCUUGAACAAAAAAUAAAAUAAUAAUAAUAAUGUAUCUAUCUAUAAAACAUUUUUAAUUUUUUUUUUAAUUUUUAGUUAUUUUUUUCUAAAUAUAUAUACAUACAUACAUACAUUGUGUAUGUAUAUUUUGACACCCAUGGGGAUAUACUGUAUAUAGAGGAAAUUGGGGGCAGUCCAUCCGUGCCUAUAUAUAGCUGACUUGUCCAUCUCAGUCACACAUGGAGGGAGCAUGUCUCGGAGACAGUUACUAGUCACCCAGGACCAGUGUUAAGGAUCUAGUUACCGGAGGCUGAGAGGACGGCACCAUGAAGAAAACUAGUAAGUGGGACUGGGAGGUGAAGCUAGGCGGAUACAUUGAAGCAAAGGUAGAACCCAAGGAUAGAUAGAAGGAGAUAGAGGCCAGCAAAAAGGCAGAGAUAGCGAGACUGAGAAAUGGACUCAGGCAGUCAUAAAGUGGUUUAAAUGGCAGAGGUAGAGGGACAGAGAGAGGGUGAGGGGGUAGCAUGCACAUGCAGCUGUCAUUAGAAAGAUGAGACAGACCCUUCAUAGACCCAAAAUAACCCCACUGUGUGCGAGGGAGCUGGAGAUCUCACAGUAUAACUGGAUUAGAAAUAAAAUGCUUAUUUUCUGAUAUCUGUCUAAUAUUCUAUAUUUAAUUCUUAUACAGUGCCAUCUGUCAUUACAUAGAUUAGCAAUCCUAUAAUCCCGUAUCAUUUGGAAUUAUGUUAUAACUGCAUUUCUGACACUUUAUUCCCUGGAUUUGGGACUAUGUAUUCUUUGCAUUUAGGAUUCUUGGUUUCUUGGAUUUGGGAUUAUAUAUUCCAUGGAUUUACGAUUAUAUGUUCCUUGGAUUUGGGACUAUAUAUUCCAUUGAUUCAAGAUUACAUGUUCCAUGGAUUUACGAUGAUAUGUUCCUUGGAUUUACGAUGAUAUGUUCCUUGGAAUUACGAUGAUAUGUUCCAUGGAUUUACGAUUAUAUGCUCCUUGGAAUUACGAUGAUAUGUUCCAUGGAUUUACGAUUAUAUGCUCCUUGGAAUUACGAUGAUAUGUUCCAUGGAUUUACGAUUAUAUGCUCCUUGGAAUUACGAUGAUAUGUUCCAUGGAUUUACGAUUAUAUGCUCCUUGGAAUUACGAUGAUAUGUUCCAUGGAUUUACGAUUAUAUGUUCCUUGGAUUUAAGACUAUAUGUUCCUUUGAUUUGGGAAUGUAUCUUUAUAUUCCUGGCAUUUUGUAUCACUGGGAAUUUUGAGGUUGUAUUCUAGAAAUACCGUUUGUCCUACAAUUGGGUGCUUGUAUUCCUGUGAUUUGGGAUUCUGGAUUCCUGAUUUUAAGUAUUCCUUGGUGAUCUGGGAUUAUAUAUUCCUGAUAUUCUGUAUUCUGUUUUCCUGCUAUUUAGGAUUAUGUAUUAUUCAUUCCUUGAUGAUUCGAUCUGGGAUUAUAUACCCUUUGUAUUCUGGCAUUCUGUUGUCCUGUAAUUUGGGAUUUUGUAUUAUUCAUUCCUUGAUGAUUCGAUCUGGGAUUAUAUACCCUUUGUAUUCUGGCAUUCGGUUGUCCUGUAAUUUGGGAUUUUGUAUUAUUCAUUCCUUGGAUAAUGAGAUCUGGGAUUCUGAAUUCCUGUGAUUUUACAUUUCACUAAAUGUAUUCCCAGGAUUUUAUAUUUCGGAGGAUGUGUACUCCCUACUACCUGGAUUACCUGUUUAUCCAAGACACUGUAUUGUGUAUUUCAGAGAUUUUUUAUUAUAGAUAUUCUGCUUUCAUGAUAUUAUUUAUCACUUGGACUUUAUAAUUCUGGGAAAUGUUUAUAUUCCUGGUACACAGUAUUUUUAUAUAAUUAAAAAUGCCUAUAUUCCUUGGAUUCAGUAAUCCUUUAUAAUCCAUGUUAUUGGUUAGCUAUUCCGGUAAACUCCCUAAACAAGGAAUGGGCAUACAAUCCAGUAAGUCUGAAUCUCUCUAAACCUGUCCAAGCUUUAUCACCUCUGAUUUUCAGAGAGAGAGUUAGCCAGGAGAUCGGGAAUCGCAAUGGCUGUACCUUCAUUACUAGAGAAACUUAAUUAGUUAAAAAUCAUAAUAAUUAUCUAAAUCUACAUCCAGAGCUGAGGGAGACCCAGUAGGGUUAUCUCCCUGAGAUUGACUAAAUCACCCCACACUCAGGCCAGAGAAUUUGGUAAUAAAACACAUUUGGUCUGAACACUCUAUCUUGUGGUAUUUCUGAGGUCACUUGACCAUUUACACGUUGUUCCACCUGUUUCCAGUUCUGAAUAUUCCACAUAGUGAAGACAUUUCAUUUUCCGCCAUUUACAGAGCUCAAUACAACUCAACUCAAUGGCAAGUACCCACAUGUAGCUCAAGGCGAUGGCCAAGCCCACACCCAGCUUCACACAAUGCCAGAUCAAUGCCUAACCUAACACAAUGGCCAGGAACCACAUGUAAAUUAACACAAUGUCUAAACACUCACCUCAGUUUACACAGUACCCAGUAUCUACACAUAGAUCAAUGCAGUGACCAAGACAUUGCCUAGCUUCACACAAUGGCCACUUGGUACACUUAGAAUAAUGUCUAAAUUACAAAAUGCAUACAUUUUAAGGUAUUCAUACAAUGCAAUUUUAAAAAAAAAUCAUUUUUUUUGUUUUUUAAAAUCCCUAUCAUCCUAGAAACAUGGAAUGUGACAGCAGAUAAGAACCAUUCGGCCCAUCUAGUCUGCCCGAUUUUCUAAAUACUUUCAUUAGUCCCUAGCCUUAUCUUAUAGUUAGGAUAGCCUUAUGCCUAUCUCACACAUGCUUAAACUCCUUUACUGUGUUAACCUCUACCACUUCAGCUGGAAGGCUAUUCCAUGCAUCCACUACCCUCUCAGUAAAGUAAUACUUCCUGAUAUUAAUUUUAAACCUUUGCCCCUCUAAUUGAAGACUAUGUCCUCUUGUUGUAGUAGUUUUUCUUCUUUCAAAUAUGGUCUCCUCCUUUACUGUGUUGAUUCCCUUUAUAUAUUUAAAUGUUUCUAUCAUAUCCCCCCCUGUCUCGUCUUUCCUCCAAGCUAUACAUGUUAAGAUCCUUUAACCUUUCCUGGUAAGUUUUAUCCUGCAAUCCAUGAGCCUAAAUCCUACCUUUUCUUAGUUGCAGAACUUGUUUCUGCUGCUGAGCUGAUUUAUCAUCUACCUCCUUUUUGCCCAGCACAAACUUCUUUGUUUUUGCUGGAAGAAUAAAUGCUUCUCCUAGAAAAGCAUUGUGGAUUAUUAUAUUAUUAUUAUUAUUAUUAUUAUAAUAUUAUUAUUAUUACAUAUUCCGCCGUACUGAACACUUUUUACUCAAAACACAACUUUGUAAAUAUAGCAUAAACACACUUUACUGUGAAAACAUACAUGAAAUACAUAUUAGAAAAAAAGUAAAUAAAAAUAAUAAUAGUAAUAUAUAUAUAUAUAUAUAUAUAUAUAUAUGUAUAUAUAUUUAUACACGUGCUUGUAUAUAGUCCAAUAAAAAAUAAAAUCAUUUAGUACUGGAUAUUAUAUGUUUACAAAAUAAAUUACUCACAGUCAGCGUCUUUAAAUGAUGUCUGCAGCCUUUGAUGGUUUUUUUUUGUCUUCUUGUGAGAUCCUUGUCUUAUUUCACAGUAGUCUGCUGGAAAGAGCCAAUUUCUGCCAGCCUUUCUGCCAGCAUUAGCAGGUAAUUAACAGGGUUGUGAACACUUCUUCAGCAGGGAGAUAGGAAAAUCUGUAACCUAUCCUGCAUAUCCUAAUGUAAACACUGAUAAUGUAGGUAAUACUUUGACAAAAUAGAUCUAUCUUUUCAGGAAGAGUAGGAAGGCUGUGUGAUUGACAGCCAUGUGAGGUGUGGCUAGGGAUGCAGACAGAAAGUUAUUUAAUUAUGAAAAUGAAAAGAAAUGAGUUGUGAGAAUGAAUGAUCUAAGUGGUUCAGGGUGGGCACUCAGACUGACCCAUUAACACAACAGCUGGUGCCCCCACUUAGUUCACUGUAAAGGCCAAGCCUGUACCUAACUUCACACAAUAUUAGGUGCAAACACUAAGCUUCACACAGUAUAAAAUAAACACACCUAGCAUCCAUACUCAAACAAAAUGAUACACCAACGGUUAGCUACAUACAAUACAAGGUGUGUACAGUUAGCUACAUAUAACCUCACAUAGCUUGACUUUAUACUAAGCACCAACACUAAGAUUAACACAAUAUAAAGAGCUCACAACUUAUCUGAACACAAUGUAAAAUGCCCAGACAAAGAUUCACACAAUAUCAUGUGCCACAGCUGGCAUCACAUAACACUAAGCCUACAUGCUUUGUUCUUGGGCCAUUAAACCCAUCCUUUAUCCCAUAAUCAGACCUCCUAAACCCUGGAUGUUUUGAUCCAGCGUGCUUCCAUAAUGAUUUUGUUCAGUCUCUAUCUGGUGAGACUUUGUUUGUAUCGUCACAGAUAUGUAUUGUAUCACAGUGCUGUGAAUUCCCCAGCAAUUUGGGUCCAGUUAACACAAAAUCACUGGGCAGUAAUUCCAAUAUGAUGCUAUAUGUCAAAAGUCUGUUCCUAUAACUUUCAUCCUGUUCCCUGGUCACUGUCUAGAAUCAUACAUACUAAAUCAAGUCCUUAGAAUGUUUAAUGUUUAUUGAUCUAAUGGUGUGACAAUGGAUUUGUAGCAAGUAUGUGGAUAUUUAAAGGGAAAUUGUCACUUCCUAGGAUUUUAAUAUUAUGUUUAUUUAUCCCUAUAUUUAACAAGUAUGCAUCUGUGAGGUGUGAAAAAUAAACUUAAAUGUAGAAAUCCUCCAUCUUAGCUCCCUGUCAGUCAUUGUUAUAAGCUCUGUCCUUUGUACCUGGCAGUCAACAUACCAACAGAACAAAAUUACAGAGAAGAGGAGAAGUGAAGCAGGGCCAUACCUAGAGUAUUUGGCACCCGGGGCGGAUUCUGCGUUUGGCACCACCCCCCUUUAAAAUGGUUUCAAGAAUAUAUAUAUAUAUAUACAUAUACUGUGUAUUUUGAUAUUAAUAGAUAUAUUUAUGUCAAAAUACAUUGAGAAUGAAAAUAAAUGUAAGCAUAUGUGUUUAUUUAGUUCACAAUCUGCCACCCCAUGCCCUGCCCCCCUACUACAAAACCCCCCGCCUCAGCCUACAAACCCUUCCCCACCUACAAACCUCUACCCCUCUACAAACUACUGCUCCCACCACAAAGUCCCUGUCCCCCCUCUACAAACUCUUGCUCCCCCACAAACCCCUGUCACCCUCUACAAAUCCCUGCACCCCUCUCUACAAACUGCUGCUUCCCCCACAAAUCCCCUGUCCCCCUCUACAAAUCCCUGCCCCCUCUCUACAAACCGCUGCUCCCCACACAAAUCCCCUGCCUGUAUGUUAAAUAAAGUGCUAUUUUGUUGUGCAAAAUGAAAAAAAACUUUUACCUUUAUGACCCAAUUCAGACUCCUCUACCCCAGCUCACUGCCCCACACAACUUGAGCAGCAUGCUCACUGCAGCUCACUGCCCAACACAUCCUGCAACUCACACUACCUGACCAACAUGUUACUUCCUGUUACUCAUACACCGUACCUGAUAAGUGUAUGCAGCCUCCCACACCUCUACAAAAUACACUUCCUAAGCAUUAGGCCCAUCACACCCUUAUAACCCGCAGUCUACUUUACAAGGAAUUGGGCCAUAUAACCUUUUCAUGUAGAGAUGUGUAACUGUGGAAUAACUUUCUAGAAAACGCAAGAUUUUGCACCAGUUUUCAAUGUCUUUCGUUAUCUGCCUUUCAGUAUUACAAAUCACAAAGCAACUAUAAUAAUGUUUAAAGGAACACAAUAGUGUCAGGAAGACAAACAUGUAUCCCUGACACUAAAGUCCCAAAGUGCCUGCUUAGGUGACUCCCAGUAAUGUGUUUUCAAACUAUAAUAAAUGUGUUUAGAAAUCAGUCUGUGUAAAUAAGAUACAUUGUGCUUGCUGUAAAUUAUAUUUUAGUGGGGGCGGGACUUAGCAGCCAUACUGGAGGGAAGCAUUUGACUACAGCACCUACAAUUUAUCGCUCUUUACGCUAUAGUUUGAUUUCAAAUACCCUAAUUUUGUACUCUGGCUGGUGGCUAUUAAGGAACAGAUUAUAUUCGCAUUUUGCUACCCUGAGAGGAGAGAACUUGAGGGAUUGCGGCUUCAAACUAUUUUUCCUGUAAGUUUUCUUAUAGAAGGACACUUUAACACAAAAUUGUUCAUUUAUAGUUAAAUCCCCCCUCUUAUAAUAUUGUAAAGCGCUAUGGAAUCUGUUGGCGCUAUAUGAAUGGCUGUAAUAAUAAUAGUCUGGCUGGCGAGCUCAGACACGACUGAUCUCCUGGCCUGAAGAGGUCUGAUCUUUGAGGCUCUAUUUGUGGCUCCUUCUUUGGGCCAGUGGAGGUUAUGCCGGGCCCCAUCGGUGCUGCUGGUUCUUAAGCUUACCUACUUGUUACAUACCCUUCUACUAAGGCAAUCGGGCUACACAACUCCGUUAACAUGGCCUUCUCUCCAGCUACAUUUCCCCUGCAAGCGGAGGCCUCACUUCACGACUGGAAAGACUCAUUCUAGUCGGCAUUUGAUGCUGUAUGCGAGCGGUUUUGUCAACGCAUACCCAGAUGUGAACCACUACUCACAUCACCUGCCAAUGAGUCGGAUACAGGCAGUGCCUUGGCCCACUGCACUCUAUCUGGGCCAUGAACCCAAACAGGGUUCACAUUCCACAACACCUGGAAGAUCUCUACAAUGUUGGACUUCUUGGGGACUGUAAAUGGGUCAUCUUGGGGCAGAUGUCAGUGGAAGUUAUGUUCCUGUAAGAAUCUGGGCCUGGAGGAGUGGAGUACGAGAGUACUAUUGGGCUGAACAGUCCUCUCUGCAUCAGCAGCUUUCUAUGCCUGCAGAGUGCGCUUCCUGGCAACCCUGGGGAGUUACCUCUUUCUGUUUUAUUCUGUUCUAUUCAGUUUAUAUUUGAUCUAUCCAAUUAUAGUGCGUAGUGUUGUUCAUUUCAACUAAUUGCUUUCAUCUGAUCUAGCUAUUACACAUUAUGUUUGUUCUCGCCAUACUUUUUAGAAAAAAAUGAGGUAGUUGUGUAUCUUUUUUGAAAAUAAGUUAGCGAAUUUGUGGAUCAUUGUCCUGCUUUAUUUAUCUUGAGCAAGAGAGCUUUUCUUCAUAUUGCAAGACUUCAUUUUCAAACCUUAAUCUGUAUGUAAACAAUUUAACUUGAUAAAAUGAUUUACAAUAAAUUACAUUUUAGUUGCAUAACUAAACUUUUUAACAAACUCAUCUACUAUAGCCUAAAUGUUGCAAUUCGCCUGCCAGUCCCAUAAUACCCGUGUGAAUAAACCAGUGAGUUAUUCCAAGAUCCACAAUGAUUAUGAGCUGGCGUCAUUGUAAUCUGAAAUGGCAAGGAUCUGUUAUUGGCAACUUUCAGCAUGCUUGUGGUUUUAGUCUUGUGAUUCCUUGUUACUCAACCAGCAUUAAAGGGACACUCCACUGCCCAAAUACAAUAAAUUAAUUAAUUUAACGCUAUACCCCCAAUGAAAACAUGCAUGCAAAUUCAUUAUGCAUUUUUUCAUUGGGGUUAUAUCUAAAGAUAGUUUGGAAAACCUGCAGAUCUCUUGUCUGAUGCCUUUGUUAGCCCUCCCCUUCUAACCCUCCCUAGACAUUCUGUGUCUGUCCAAUCACAGACUUCCCAAUGCACAUCAAUGAGAAGUCUUUGCAAGGCAGGUGCUCUGGGCAAUUGCUUCCUCUUUAGUUUAGUUUCACUGAGCUAACCAAAUCAGGAAGUAACAUGACGGGAUGUCUGAUUGACAGCCAGGGGAUGUAACAGGGUUAAUUUAUAAAAAAAUAUAUUUUAUAUAUUUAAAUCUACACUUUUUGUGAAAUGAAAAAAAAGAGGACACACUCUUCAGACAUAAAGCACUUAAGCAAGAUAAAGAGCUCUAGGAGUCUGGAGUUUCCUCAUAUAGGGACACUAAAGGCACCCAGACCACUUCAUCUCAUUGAAGUAGUCUGGGUACAGUGUCCCUAUCAUUAUAUCUUUGCAAUACAAAACACUGCAGUUUUAGAAAAACUGCAAUGUUUACAUUGCAGGUAUAAGACUGCCUCUAGUGGCUCUGCAAGAAGGACACUUUAACACAAAAUUGUUCAUUUAGAGGGACACUGUAGGCACCCAGACCACUUCAGCUCAUUGAAGUGGUCUUGUUGCAAUGUACGUUAACCCUACAGUGGUAAUUAUUGCAGUUUCUGAGACACUGCAAUAAUUACCUUGCAGGGUUAACUCCUUCUCUAAUAGACGGCCACUAGUGUGACUUCCGGGUACUUAGACGACUUUUGGUUGUCUAAAUGACGCUGGACGUCCUCAUACUAUGCAUGAGGACUUCCAGCGUAACCAGAAUCCCCAUAGGAAAGCAUUAAAUAAUGCUUUCUUCUGGAGAAAUCCUAAUGCCAGUGUGGCCAUUGCUGCGCAUGUGCAUUAGGUCGGCGGGGGAAGAGCAUGGACGGAGCCUAACCAAACGCCGGUGGACAUCGGCGCUGGAUUCAGGUAAGUGACUAAAGGGGUUUUAAACCCUUUAGUGCUGCAGGAGGGGAGGAAUGAGGGCACUGUAGGAACCUAUGGUGCCAGGAGAACGGCUUUGUUUUCAUUACACUAUAGAAUCCCUUUAAGUUAUAUAAGCUUCUGAGCCUGUUAGCAUAGAGAAGAAAGUAUGGGAAAAGAUUGCUUCUGCUUUUACCUUAAAGACACACAGGUUAAUUUACUAAAGUGAGAAUUAAAAGUGAAUUUCAAAUUUAAAGGACCACUAUAGUGCCAGGAAAACAUACUCGUUUUCCUAGUACUAUAGGGUCUAUAGGUCCCCCCCACACUCUGGGCCGGGCUCUAGGGGGUGGAAGGGGUUAAAUCUUACCUGUUUUAGAGAGUACCUCAGCGCGGGGAACUCUCCUCCUCCUUUUCGCCGGCAUCGGUUGAAUGCGCAUGCACGGCAUGAGCCACGCGCGCAUUCAACCAGUCCAUAGGAAAGCAUUCUCAAUGCUUUCCUAUGGACGCUGGUAUCUUCUCACUGUGAUUUUCAUAGUGAGAAGCGCGGAAGCGCCUCUAGCGGCUGUCAAUGAGACAGCCACUAGAGGCUGGAUUAACCCAUUUGUAAACAUAGCAGUUUCUCUGAAACUGCUAUGUUUACAGCAAAAAGUGUUAAACCUAGAUGGACCUGGCACCCAGACCACUUCAUUAAGCGGUCCUUUAAGAUCAAAAUAGCCGCACUGGAGCAAUUCUCUUAGUUAGCUAUACUUUCAGUGAGGCUACUCUGGCCUUAAAUUUGAAUUCUCAUUUUAGUAAAUAGCCCUAACAACUGCAACACAUAGAUACAUGCACAACCCAUGUUAUCUUGUAGAGGUAAUAAUCUGAAUUAUUUUAUAUAAUGCGUUCUGUAAUCCGAUAUGACACCCAAUAUACCUCUAUCCAUUACCAUUCUAUUUAUGAGCCGUUAAACCUAAUUUUCUCUAAUCUGUUGCUACUGUUUUUCUGUCUUGCUGUGCUUUUUAAAAUAAUGCCUCAAUACGCUUUCUUUUCCAGUUAAAGACCUCCUGUAUUGGAGAGACACCUUGCUCUCUGCUGCCUGUCUCACCGGGUUAACCCUCUCCCUGCUGUGCCUCAUCCAAUUCAGUGUGAUCAGUGUGGUUUCAUACGGGUGUCUCAUUUUCCUGAGUGCCACCCUCACGUUACGGAUAUACAAUAAGUUCCUACACAAGCUUAGGAGAGGGAAUGGAGCCAACCCCUUCCAGUGAGUGGUAUAUUGGUAUUAGUGUGCAUGCAAUGUGUGGCAGGAUGUUCCAGCUAAGGGAUGUCUGACUCUGAGCAUUGCAGCUGCUCCCAACUACAUUUGUCACAACAGCUGCAAGGCCCAAGGUAGGCAAAGUGUUCCAACAGCUCUAGUACAGAACAGAUAAUCAGAAUAAAAUUGUUCUUACAGGUUAAAGAAAUGUCCUGCCAUGUUUAUUUAACAGUGUGCAUAAUGGGUACAGUGCAGUAUUAUAACAGUGUCUGUAAUAGGUACAGUGCGGUAUUAUAACAGUGUGUGUAAUGGGUACAGUGCGGCAUUAUAACAGUGUGUAUUAUGGGAACAGUGCGGCAUUAUAACAGUGUAUGUAAUAGGUGCAUUGCGGUAUUAUAGAAGUGUGUGUAAUAGGUACAGUGCAGCAUUAUAACAGUGUGUGUAAUGGGUACAGUGCAGCUUUUUAACAAUGUAUGUAAUGGGUACAGUGCAGUAUUAUAAUAGUGUCUUUAAUAGGUAUAGUGCAGUAUUAUAACAGUGCGUGUGUUUUUUAUUAUUAUUUUAAAAAAUUAUUUUUCAUAAACAUGUAGAAGUACAAUAUUAAAUGUAAAGACAUUGAAAUUGUGCAAGGUUACACCAUAUAACAUAACACUGUUGUUUUAACAAAAAUGAUUUAAACAGAAUAAGUGGAGUGCUUGGUUUGCAGACAUUGAAAAUAUGUAACGUUUCGUUACAGGAUAAAGCAUUUUUAUGUAAGUACACUUACUAAAGAGAGUAUACAGAUUGGAGUUGAUACCAGUACAUUUGGGUUAAACUGAAACAAUCGUCAUAGUUGGAAACAGUCCAUUGUAUUUGUGUUCCCUAAUAAUAAGAUCUGAGACGGUUUCUGUGUGGGGUAGGGGGAUUAGGUUUUGGUCUCAGGAUUGAUAAGUUCGGGCCCUAGUUACUUCUGUGAUCUACAAGAUCUGGGACAUGUGUCUAGGGUAUGUAGAGGUCCAAGUAGGUCCUAAUGGAUUCAACUGGAUCUAAUGUCUCGGCUACUCGUUGUAGGCUCGAUUUUAGAAAGUUGUUCCAGGGUUCCCAGAUGUGGGAGAAUUUUUUAGUUUUUUGAUUUGGCAUAUGUUAGUUCCUCUAACUGUUUAGUGUCGUCUACUCUCAAUAUCCAUUCCCUAAUUGAUGGGAUCUGUGCUUGUUUCCAGUAUUUGGGUAUGAGUUGUGCUGCUGCCAUAACCAGGUGAUUGAAUCGAACUGUUUCCCUCCUUCUGAGACCCUGGGGAGGGAGCAUUAAUAUGAAGUGUUGAGGUUUAAAAGGGAUUUUAUUUUUGAUAAUCGUCUGUAUUAGAACGUGUAUUCUAUUCCAGAACUUUGCUAUUCGUGGGCAUUGCCACCAUAUGUGUGAGUGAUGGGCUUCUGUAUGCUGACAUCUCCAACAGCUGUCAGUGUUUGUACUGUGUAUCUUGCGAAUUAACGCUGGAGUGUAGUGCCAUCUGGUGAUGCGCUUAUAGUUACUUUCUUGGGCUGUAGUAGAGGAGGACGACUUGUGAGCUAUAUGUAAAAUAGAAUGCCAUUGUUGUUGUGAGAUGUCUAUUUGGAGUUCUCCUGACCACUUUGUAGUGCAUUUAGGGAGUCCAGGAUCCUGAGACUCUUGAGCUAGUUUGUACAUGGUAGAUAGAAUCUUUUUUGGGAUUGGGUGUGUGGAACAUAACUGUUCAAAUCGUGUUAGGUCUCUCACACCCCUAGGAAUAGAGUGCGUGUGUUUUAGGUACAGUGCAGUAACAUAACAGAGUGUGUAAUAGGUACAGUGCAGUAACAUAACAGAGUGUGUAAUAGGUACAGUUCAGUAUUAUAGAAGUGUGUGUAAUAGGUACAGUGCGGUAUUAUAACAGUGUGUGUAAUAGGUACAGUGCAGCAUUAUAACAGUGUAUGUAAUAGGUACAGUGCGGUAUUAUAACAGUGUGUGUAAUUGGUACAGUGCGUCAUUAUAACAGUGUGUGUUAUAGGUACAGUGCAGCAUUAUAACAGUGUGUGUAAUAGGUACAGUGCGGCAUUAUAACAGUGUAUGUAAUAUUAUUAUUAUUAUUAUUAUUAUUGCCAUUUAUAUAGCAUCAACAGAUUCCGUAGCGCUUUACAAUAUUUUGAGAGGGGGGAUGUAACAAUAAAUAGGACAAUUACAAAAAAAAUGAUAGUGCAGUAUUAUAGAAGUGUGUGUAAUAAGUACAGUGCAGUAUUAUAACAGUGUCUUUAAUAGGUACAGUGCGGUAUUAUAACAGUGUGUGUGUUUUAGGUACAGUGCGGCAUUAUAACAGUGUAUGUAAUAGGUACAGUACUGUAUUAUAACAAUGUGUGUAAUAGGUACAGUGCUGUAUUAUAACAGUGUGUGUAAUAGGUACAGUGCAGUAUUAUAACAGUGUCAGUGUGUUUAAUAAGUACAGUGCAGUAUUAAAACCGUGUCUUUAAUAGGUACAGUGCGGUAUUAUAACAGUGCGUGUGUUUUAGGUACAGUGCAGUAUUAUGAUAGUGUGUGUAAUAGAUACAGUGCGGUAUUAUAACAGUGUGCUUUGUUCUUCGUUAGGUAUUAUCUGGACAUUGACCUCAUGCUCCCGGCACCACAGUUGCAGGCCCUCGCUGCUCGUGUUAUUAAUCACUGCUGUUGCACACUUAGCACACUCCGCAACCUCUUCCUGGUGAAGGACCUAAAGGAGUCACUGAAGGUAACAUUAUGA